GUUGGGAUGUUUAAGCCAACCAAGAGCUGUGGGUGCUUCAUACUGCAGCCAACCAAUCAGAUGCUCUAGAGCUGUGGGUGCUUCAUACUGCGGCCAACCAAUCAGACGCUCUAGAGCUGUGGGUGCUUCAUACUGCGGCCAACCAAUCAGACGCUCAAGAGCUGUGGGUGCUUCAGUUUUGGGGACGCCACAUUGUCCACCUCUUUAUUCAUUUUUCUAAUUGUCAUAAAUUAGGUGAGAUAUAGGUGGGGAAUUGGCAUGGGGGUGUCUGCCAUAACGUGUGUAGGAUGAGAUAUAGGAGGGGAAUUGGCAUGGGGUGUCUGCCAUAACGUGUGUAGGAUGAGAUAUAGGAGGGGAAUUGGCAUGGGGUGUCUGCCAUAACGUGUGUAGGAUGAGAUAUAGGAGGGGAAUUGGCAUGGGGGUGUCUGCCAUAACAUGUGUAGGAUGAGAUAUACAGUAGGUGGGUCUACAUGAUGCUGAGCACUUUUGAGCGCUGAGGGCAAAGACUCACCUUUAGUCACUGUUGGGUUUCGCAGGUAGCCAGCACCUGUCUGACUCCGCCCAUGGCAACCCGGAUAGAUCGACUCGCUCAACCUAAACCCGACCUCCUCCGAUUCCCCGACAGACGCUCUGUGUACUGGCUGGAUAAACUUCCAGCAAAACGAAGUGGCACAGCGACCAACAUCGAGUUGUCGCCACGGUGGUCCCAGCUAACAGAGAGCAAGCAAACCCACUCUGGUUUUAUGCAAAGCAGGCGUUCUCCGAAGUGGCAUGUGAGCAUGGCUGCCCUGACGGCUUAUCCAUCAGACAGGGUCCGCUCUCUGGCCCUGCCACGCCUCCCUGCAGUUGGCUGGCAACAAGACCGCCCUCUACUGGCCACACUGAGGGCAGCGGUGCGGGCGGCAGAGGCCAGCCCGAGGGUCUGUCAGCUGGCACAGCCCAAGAGGGGCUCGCUACUGCACCGGUCCGACCACCCUGAAAAUGGCAAGCGACCCACCUCUUCCUCUUCACGAAUCUUCCUUCUGGCUGCUGCUAAGACUGACCACCCCCUCUACCUGCCUGACCGUCCGGUCACCUGGCCUCUGUCAGCGGCGACGGGUGAGGCUGUGGCUUCUGAGCGUGUGCAGGAGCUGGCCCAGCCCAAGCCUCGGUGUGGUCUGUUUGAGGGCUACAACCCCUACGCCGUGAGCCCUGCAGCCAGAGCGGCCUCAGCGUCCCCUCGCAUCCAGGAGCUCAGCCUGCCCCUCCCUCGCAAAUGCAGAGGAAAAUAGAGAGAGCGCGACACGU